CCUCACAUUCUCAGUGAUAAAUACAUUAAUUAAAUAAUCUAAGUAAUAACCAGCAUCUGCGUUUCCAUCAUCGCUAUGAUCUGAGUGAGAAGUGUUUAGUAAAAAACAUGUCUUUUUUCAAUUUGAUUCUCACUCUCCUGCUUCUCUUUUCUUCUUCCUUUUUUCUAUUCACUGCAAAUGGCGAAUCCAGUAGUAAAGUUCAAACCUUUAUUGUUUCAAGCUUCAGCUACCCUGAAACUACGCUCAGACCCUUUGAUUUGCGCUAUAUCAGAGUUGACUUGCCGCCAUGGUUUUCUGCGAUGUCUAUAGCACUCAACUCAGAUGUAGAUCUUGAUGUCUCUAGAAUUGAAAGGGUUCCAAUGAGCACACUGCCAAUAAUAUGCUUUAGAGAUGGAAGUCCUCCACUGCCAGACGCCUUAAACACAUCUUUGAAAGAUUCGGCCAUCUUAGGGAUAAAUGUUUUAGAUGUGGAGCAAUGCUUUCCUAUGCAGAAAAAUAUCACAAUGAAACUGACAAAUAAUCAGAUAUCUCCAGGUGUUUGGUACAUUGGUCUUUUCAAUGGCAUUGGACCUAGAAGGACCCAAUCAAAGAUGAUUACCCGAGGUCCAGCAUACUCCUUCGUUGCCAAUAUAACUGUGGAAGCAUGCACAAACUCGAUGAUGAGUGGAAAUUUCUGUAACAGUCCAAUUUAUCCAUUUUCAUGCACAACAUCUGAUGUCAAUAAUAAUGCUUUGGAAGCUACGGCGAACAAGCCAAUGUUGGAAAAUUCAGUGACCUGCAAAAGUAUUAUGGAAACUUUCUGUGCUCACGAAGGUGUAUCGAACUUCUUCACAUUGGAUAUAAUAAACGUGGCAGAAGAAUUUACCGUUAUGGCAAGUGAUGUCAAAUUCAACGUUACACCUUCAAACAAAAUGUCUGGUGCAAAUGAUGUUAGUUUAAUGUGUUUUGUUCGCCACAGUACAGUGCCUUCAGUGACUUCAUAUGAUUACUCUAGUGAUUUAAAUAAAGGGCCGCUGGUUAUUCGUUCACCAUUAAUUGGUCGUUGGUACAUUACUAUCGUACCGAUCAAUCUUAAAAAGAUGCAGGAUAGCAAUGUAAGGGUUUGCUAUUCAGUGGAAUCUCACGUGCUUCAAUGCCCAAUUGGAAAGGCUGGACCAAAUUGUACUAUGGAUAUCUACAUGCUUCAGACAUUUGUACGGAGAGGUCCAAAUCCCUUUGAAUCAUAUUAUUUACCGGUUGGUGCUGAAGCAUCUCACAAUCCUGCGAAUUUCCCUCUUGAACCACUUCUGAGUAACACGUCGUACAACGGAGAAACUGGUAACAUUUGGACUUACUUACUUUUGGACAUUCCUCGAGGUGCAGCCGGAGGAAAUAUUCAUGUACAGCUAUCCUCAGAUGUGAAGAUCAAUUAUGAAGUUUACGCUAGAUUUGGUGGAUUACCAUCUCUCAGGAGUUGGGACUAUUAUUAUGCUAACAAGACAAGUAGAAGCGAUCCAUCUAUGUUUUUCAUAGUAUAUGAUUCAAGUGAUUACAAGAUCAAUUUCUAUAUUAUGUAUGCUAGAGAAGGAACUUGGGCUUUUGGUCUUAGACAUCUUAAUACCAGCAGCGAUCCUUCUAAAGCGCCAACUAUCAUGUCUCUUUCGCUUGAACGAUGUCCAAAACGCUGUUCCUCUCACGGGGACUGUAAAUUUUCUUUUGAUGCAAGUGGCUUGACAUCAUACAGCUUCUGCUCUUGUGAUCGAAACCAUGGAGGCUUUGACUGUAGCGUUGAAAUUGUAACACAUCAAGGGCACAUACGGCAAUCAUUGUUUCUCAUUAUAUCCAAUGCUGCAGCCAUACUUCCUGCGUAUUGGGCUCUUCGCCAAAAGGCAUUAGCAGAAUGGGUUUUGUUCACAUCCAGUGGAAUCGCUAGUGGAAUAUAUCACACUUGCGACGUUGGUGCCUGGUGUGCAUUGAACUAUAGUGUCUUACAGUUCAUGGACUUCUGGCUCUCUUUCAUGGCUGGGAUUAGCACUUUUCUUUAUCUUGCUACCAUUGAUGAAGUAUUGAAGAGGGCGAUCCACACAGCUGUUGCUAUCCUUACUGCUCUAAUGGCUAUAACAGAUGCAACCAGGUCUUCCAAUGUUGUUCUGGUGAUAGUGAUUGGUGCUCUUGGUCUCCUUAUUGGAUGGGUUGUAGAGUUGUCAACGAAGUAUAGGUCACUUUCCUUUUCAGUUAGAUUCUCACUUGAUUUCUCACACAGCUUGCAAGUGAUAAAGCGUUGGCUAUGUAAUCUUAUUGCGACACUUCUAAGACGGUACUACUGGCCUUUUGCCUUAGCUGGUUUUUCUGCACUGGCAAUGGCAAUAUUAUGCUGGACACUUGAAACCAGUGAAACUUACUGGUUUUGGCAUAGCUUUUGGCACAUUACAAUAUACACAUCUUCUUUUUUCUUCAUUUGUUCAAAAGCAAAUAAUAUUUUGGAUAGUGAGAAUCAGCUACCUGCAAAUGGAAACUAUGAACUGACCCAUCAAGAUUCACUUCCAAGAGGUGGUUAGAAAAUGGAAUAACUUAUAUAGAAUAGGUUGGUGUAAAAAGGGAGAAGGGUCGUUUUUUAAAUUGUGGUUAAGGCGAGUUCGUGUAAAGGUGGUACAAAAAUGUGCGACUGCCGGUAUUAUUAGUCUCAACGGUACAUAUAGUUUCAAAAUAUCUAUGGAGUACCUUUGAGACAAACGAACUUUUGGACCCGAAACAAACAUUCACAAUGGAAAUUCGAACAUCCUGGCUACUUGGAUCAGAAGUCACCCUAGGAGUCAAUUUUGAGACCAAUAACAGUGAUCAAGCAAAACAGUCUCAUGUAAAUUAUUUUUAUGCUAUUAUUAUUCUUUAUAGAAUAUUUUACUCACAAGUGUUUCCAGAAUAAAGAAUAAAAGUAGGGAUACAUAAUUUUUGGUCAUGGGAUAAAGAGGCUUGUCUCAUGUAAUUAUAGUUUAGAAGAAGACUUGCCUUUGAACUGUAUCAUAAUAUUACAGAGACAUUUGUGAUAAAUGCUGCUCUCCAUAAUGGAUCUUAUCUACUUCAGCAGCUUCUUUAUAAACUUACUUAUGAUGGCUAUUUUAUAUAGUAACAAUAUUAACAAUGAAGGAGUUUAUUAUGUCUA